AUGUCGGAUCCCCCGGUUCUGAUCAUUGGGGCAGGAAUCAGCGGCCUAAUCCUGGCUCAAUACCUCCAAUCCCAAGGAGUUCGCUUUCGGAUCUUCGAUCAAGACUCUGCAUUAAAUGCUCGCAGUGGAGGAUGGGGCUUAACGCUUCACUGGGCGUUGCCAGCGUUGAGAAAAUUACUUCCUGAACAUGUCAGAUCCCGCUUCUCUGAUACCUUCGUUAAUAAGGAUGCGGCAAGCCGAGGCGACAUGGGGCGUUUUCAAUUUUUUGAUUUAAAAUCGGGCAAGGCUCUUUACAACGUCCCGGCGGAAGAGCGCAUUCGCGUGAAUAGGGGGCGACUGCGCGAGUUAUUGACUUCUGGAAUGAAUGUCCAGUGGGAUAAAACUCUUCGAGAUAUCGAGUCAACUGAUGAAUUUAUCACAGCGCACUUCGAGGAUGGGUCAUCUUAUAAUGGGAAACUACUCGUCGCCUGCGAUGGUGCGCGAUCUCGUAUUCGACAAAUUCUCUACCCCGAGAGCGAGAUGAAUUCACUCCCUGUGCAGCUUCUCGGCGCAUCUGCAUUCUACACGGCGGAGGAGAUGGGCGGCGCAGAAGCGAUUGAUCCUUACAUCUUCCAAGGGUCUCAUCCGGAUACCGAUGUGUUCCUCUUCUUCAGCUUUUUGGAUACACCCGGCAACUUCAAAGACAGCAAUAAGGACCGCUAUCACUGCCAAAUCAUUGUCUCAUGGGCCGACAGCAAAGGAAUUGCCCUGCCGACCAGUAACGAGGAUCGGGUCGAACUCAUGAAGCGACUAACUGAUAACUGGGCAGAGCCUUUUCGCUCAUUAGUGCAGAAACUUCCAUCAAAUACUGAGGCACGUUCAAUUCGGAUUGAAGAUUGGAUGUUCCGGCUGGAAAAGAAUAGUGCGCAUCCACGUGCAAUAGGAUGCGGCGAUUCAUUGCAUACUAUGACGAUGUUCCGUGGCGAAGGAGCGAACAAUGCUAUUGUGGAUGUCUUGGAUUUGAUCACUCGAGUUGAUAUGACAAACCCGAACGCAUUCAAUCUUGAAUCAUUAAUGACUUCGUUGCCGAAAUAUGAGAAUGAUAUUUGGUCGCGCGUGCGACCGUCCUUUUUGGCCUCGCGACAGGCUUGCCUGGAUGCUCAUGAUUUUUCCAGUAUUGAAGGAAGUCCUUUGGUGACAGCACGGGUGCUUAAAACCCAGGCUGUUUAG